AUAAGCGCUUGAGCACACUUUGUAAAGUUCUGGCUACUCUGCAUACGUCUUUCAUACUAAUCUCUCGUACUUUUAACAUGGGCGCUUCCCAGUCUAGACGAGUGCAUGUUUUCCAAGACCUGGCUGAUAAAACCGGCUUUUCCAUUGAGCAAAUCAGAAAUCUCCAUGACAGAUUUAUGUACUUGACACAAGAGGAGAACAUUUUAAGACGAGAACAUCUUGACAAUAUUAGUUAUUUGGCUUUCAACCCAAUCCGGAGACAGAUCAUUGAGGUGUUCUUUGAUAAAAGGAACUUGGGUCAGAAUGAGGCAGGCUCUCUGCAAGAAAUCGGAUUUGAGGAAUUCCUCACCGUUCUGGCCUUUUUCCGACCACCCAAACCACAUGCUACUGAAGAGGAGAUAGAAAACAUCAAGAGAGCCAAAUUACGCUUUCUAUUCAACAUGCAUGACACAGACAAUGAUGGCAUUAUCACAUUGGACGAAUAUAGACUUGUGGUGGAGAAGUUGCUGUCCAGCUAUGAAACUUUAGACACAGAAAAUGCCAAAGUCAUUUCAGAUGCUGCAAUGCUGGAAGUCGCAAGUGUCACAAUGGGUCAGAUGGGUCCAGAUGAAUUUUAUGACGGAAUAAGCUUUGAGCAUUUUCUGCAGAUUUUAAAAGGCAUCGAGAUCGAGACCAAGAUGCACAUUCGCUUUCUGAACAUGAACACAACGACAAUGCACUUUUUUAAUAGAGAGUAAUUUAAAGUCUUUGUUCGAUACCUAAACAUCUUAAAUUAGCAUUAUCUAAGUAUUUCAACACUUAGUAUUUAGUUUACUUUCUCUGAAAUACCUUAUAUUUUCAAGAUAUUGAGGAAGUGAACAUGACAUGCUCUGGUGACUAUUUCACAGUGAAUCAGACCUCAGGGGCCAACCGAAUGAACAGAGGGGAUGUAGUUCUCCUUAAACACAUGUAGUGGGCCCUAAAAUUAGUAAAAUGUAUGAAUGUCACUGCAUUAGAUAUAAAGAUACAGUUGUGCUCAAAAGUUUGCAUACCCUUGCAGAAAUUGUGAACUUUUGGCAUUGAUUUUGAAAAUAUGAUUGAUCAUACAAAAAAACUGUCUUUUAUUUAAGGAUAGUGAUCAUAUGAAGCCAUUUAUUAUCACAUAGUUGUUUGGCUCCUUUUUAAAUCAUAAUAAUAACAGAAAUCACCCAAAUGGCCCUGAUCAAAAGUUUACAUACCCUUGAAUGUUUGGCCUUGUUACAGACACACAAAGUGACACACACAGGUUUAAAUGGCAAUUAAAGGUUAAUUUCCCACACCUGUGGCUUUUUAAAAUGCAAGUAGUGUCUGUGUAUAAAUAGCGAAUGAGUUUGUUAGCUCUCACGUGGAUGCACUGAGCAGGCUAGAUACUGAGCCAUGGGGAGCAGAAAAGAACUGUCAAAAGACCUGCGUAACAAGGUAAUGGAACUUUAUAAAGAUGGAGAAGGAUAUAAAAAGAUAUCCAAAGCCUUGAAAAUACCAGUCAGUACUGUUCAAUCACUUAUUAAGAAGUGGAAAAUUCAGGGAUCUCUUGAUACCAAGCCAAGGUCAGGUAGACCAAGAAAGAUUUCAGCCACAACUGCCAGAAGAAUUGUUACAAAGAAAAACCCACAGGUAACCUCAGGAGAAAUACAUUUUUAAGUAUGGUUAAUCCAAUAUUGGUAUACUAAAUGUAUAUAUGGAUGAGUAGUGUGUAAAUUUCCAUUUUGCACAAAAUUCCCAUUAUGAUCAUGGUAGACUUCUUUGCAUAAUCAAAACCAUUUUUUAAAGCAGUGCUAUUUCUGAAACAAUCCACACCCAAAGUUAACAAUCCACAACCAAUAAGUUGACAAGUUGCAUCUUAUAGAAGAGAGAGAAGCCUUUUUUGCAUAUAUACAGUGACAUUUAUUUGUUUUCACCUAUUCCAACUAAGCUGGGGUCAGAGUGCAGGGUCAGCCAUGAUACAGUGCCCCUGGAGCAGAAAGGGUCAAGGGCCUUGCUCAAGGGCCCAACAGUGGCAUCUUGGUGGUGCUGGGGCUUGAACUCCUGACCUUCUGGUCAGUAACCCAGAGUCUUAACCACUGAGCCACCACUUUUCUACCAAGGUUAUACUGUAUAUUAAUAAAAGUGGAUAUGAAAUGAUUUAUAUGUAUGCAGUAUGAUCUUUAUUAUACAUUAUUGCCAUGUGAAAUCUCCAGAGCUGUCAUAAAAUCUUUUCUUUAUUUUGAAGAUAAUAAAAUAUUAAUAGAUUUAGACAUUGCAUUUGCAUUGCAUUGUUAUUGUGAUUUUUGUUUUAAAGGCACUAAUGUUCUGUCUGACAUCAAGAAUCAAUGCAACACUACAUAGAUUCAAUUCCGAAAUGCCUUAAUAAGGAAUAAAUGAUGCAGUCAUUGGGGUAUUAUACAAAUAAUUACCAGCAUAAAUAAACUAUGGUACGUAAUUAUCUUAUGCGAUUCUGAUCUAAUGUGUACUAAAACAAAUGUGCAAACACAACAAAUGUUGAUUUAUUUAAAAAAAAAAAAAAUUAAGCAAA